AUGGCGAAAAUAUGCACGUUCGCCGAAGACGUUGUCUUACCGAAAAAUGAACGCGAUUCACUACAAGCUGCCAAAAAUGUAGAGUUAUCGAUGCGAAAUAUUGAAGCACAACAUCCUCACCCAUCUACAGCGAGACUAUACUCUGAUAGAGAUGAGUCCAAAUAUUUUCCAAUAUUCAUGGUUGUAAUUACACUCAUUCAAAUAACCGUUUUCUAUUCAGUCGACGAGGGUUUAAUGCUGCUGUUAUUCGGAUAUGAUCCUCAUCGUCGUCACGAAAUCUGGCGAUUUUUUACGAUGAUGUUUGUUCACGCUUCCCCAUCUCAUUUAUGGCACAAUGCGGCCAUGCAAGUUUCGUUCGGCGGUUUACUAGAGAUCAUUCAUAGCUGGAAGCGCAUCGGUUUAAUCUAUGUGGCAUCCGUUUUUGGUGGUUCCCUUUUCAUAUCAGUUUUAGACAAUGUGUACACCGUUGGUGCAUCGAGUGGUGUUUAUGGUUUGGCCUUCGCACAUUUAGCAACAAUUACAUUGAACUGGAACGAGAUGGACAAAAAGUGUUGUGGAUUGUUCUCAUGGUCGAUUAGUCAUGCAGGUCAUUUAGGUGGUGCUGUGACUGGAUUUCUUGUGUCGAUUUUGGUUUUGAAGAACUUUAAGGUAGAAAAAUGGGAGAGACUGAUGCAAAAAAUAUGCACUGGACUUCUGAUAGGUAUUUGCGGAAUCAUUUUCAUUGUCAACGUUGCUGCGCCUGGAUAUUAUGUGCCUAUAGAAUGGAAUUUUCAGUAUAGUCACACAUACCUCGAAGAUUACAUACACCAGGUUAACAAUGACUCUGUCCUAAUGCAUCAAUGUGAAAUUGAUGCUGAUUGCAAGCAACUGCUGGACCAAUAUAACUUUAAUGGUACAAUAGCUUUGACCGAAUUGACGUAA